AUGGCCACAAAGUCACCCCCAGAGAAGGUGCUGAAGGCACAUAGAGACACUGUCAGGUCCCAAGGUAAAUCUCCCGCUGCUUCGGUUCUCCCAGGCCGCAGUGGCACCUCAGAGGCUGGCCAGGACCUCAGAGCUGAAAUGACAGCAGCCGACGCCAUCUUCAUGACUGGUGAAAACCUGGGGCUAUUUUCUGUGCCUGAGAAUCAGCAUUUCGAUCCUGAGGGUAGCCGUGGCCCAAACAUUGAACUUGGACGUGUUAGGCCCAAGACGAGAAGCCAGAGAGAGGUAGGCCGCAUUGCAUCAAGGCUCGGCUCUGACCACCAACGAAGCCAUAAAAUAAAGAUGGAGCUGAACCUGGAGCCGGAGCCGAAGCCAGAAUCAGAGCCAGAGCCAGAGGAGGAAGAGGCAGAGCCCGAACCCGGUCCAAGUAGCCAGGCACAAGCAAGGCUUUCCACCUCAAGGCCUGCAGUUCCAAGGAGAUCCUUGCUAGCAACCACAAGCUCUCCUCCAAGGCGCCCAGUCCGUAUGCGGGCCUCUUCCCCUUCUCCUCCUGGUAGGCUCUAUCCUUUCCCUGGGCAGUAUAAUGAAGGUGCCAGUUCUUCCUCCUCAUUCACCAACGAGGAUGUCUCCUGUGUUUCAGGUUCCCCUUCUUUCCCCAAUAAGUCACCGGAACGGGGCUCCUCAUCUCCACUAGGUGACUUAAGCUCUGUCUCUGGUCCUAGUCCUGACACCCUUUGGCGUGCCUUGAUACCUGACCUGGAUAACCUUGAUUCUUCCUCUUCUGGAGAGUCAGAGGAAGAAAUAGAGAUUGCCCCUCACACUCCUGCAUAG